GACGUCACUGCAAGGCGGAAGUAAAAUUCUUCUUCCCACAUGGCGAAAAUGGCUGCCUGUGGAGAAAAACAACAGGGACACCGAGCCGGUGUUUAUAAACAGAAAAAUAAAUGCCACAAACAUGGAAAACAUCGGACGAAAGGUGAAAUUGAGAGAGAAAACAAAGGAAGAGUCUCAGUGAUAACCCUCAGUAAAAAACAGAGGAAGGAGCAAAAGAAGGUGGACAGAAGACACAAAGCCAAUCAACUACGCAGGAAUAAAAAAGAUCUGGUGCUGUCAGAGAAACGGCGACUCGGCAGCAGGGACGGCCCUCCUCACUUGGUUGCUGUGGUGCCUCUCCACGCUGGAGUUGAUGCUGGCGCAGUCACCAGGCUGCUGCAUGGGGAAAGCUACGGGGGUCUCGUACAUCACGAGCAGUGUGUCAGUGGUAUCAGUGACAGUUUUGGACUGAUUAUGCCUCGCUUUAAACAAAGGUUCACUUUCCUGUCACUCAGCACAGCUGACCUGCACUCUCUGCUGGAUGUGGCCAAGGUUGCAGACAGCCUCGUGUUUGUGUUGGAUGCCUCUGAAGGAUGGGACAGCUACGGAGACUACGCUCUGUCCUGUCUGUUUGCUCAGGGACUUCCCAGCAACGCACUGGUCUGUCAGGGACUGUUUGAUCUUCCUGUGAAGAAGAGGAUUGAGGCCAGGAAAGCCCUGACGACCAUCACAGAGGUCCGGUUCCCUGAUGCCCGUCUCUUUCCUUUGGAUUCAGAGCAUGAUGCCACUUUGCUUCUCAGACACCUGGGCAGUCAGAGACAGAGGAAGCUCGGUUUCCGCUCCAGACGCUCCCAUCUUCUGGCUCAGCACAUCACCUAUACACCAAACAGCCCAGAUGAUACCACAAGCGAUCUGGGCACCCUCUGUGUUUCUGGGUAUGUCCGUGGGCGUCCUUUACAGGUUAACAGACUGGUGCACAUCGCUGGACACGGAGACUUUCAGCUCAGUCAGAUUGACGCUCCAGCAGACCCGCUCCCCUUCACCAUGACGACAGCAAAGCCUGGGAAGGGAGGAGAUGUUAACAUGUUGGACGGCGAAGAGGUGGCUGCAGUACGAGUCCUCAUGAAAGCGGAUCCGUCCUGCAGGGAGAGCCUGCAGGCAGAAGCUGAGGUGGACCCGAUGGACGGGGAGCAGACCUGGCCCACGGACACAGAGCUGCUGGAGGCUGAAGAGGCGAAAAAGAACAGACGCGUGAUGAAGGUUCCUAAAGGUACAUCAGAGUACCAGGCUGCAUGGAUUGUUGAUGAAGAGGAUAAGAACUUUGAGGAUGAUGAGGACACCAGUGAUGAAGAUGAUGAUGAUGGACUGAUCGAUGUGGCCAUGGGUGAAGAGGAUGAGGCAAAUAACUCACAGGAUCCCGGUUCAGGCUCUGAUUUAGAAGAAGACGAGGAGGAGCUGUGCUCCUCAGAGCGAGUGGGAGCAGAUCAGCGUUAUGAUGAGCACAUGGAUGAGACGGCAGAAGAAGGUUUGAAACACUACCGUGAGGCUCGAGCCAAUGAAAUGUUCCCUGAUGAGGUGGACACACCUCUUGAAACACCAGCUAAAGUUAGGUUUCAGCGUUACAGAGGCCUUAAAAGUUUCCGUUCUUCACCCUGGGACCCCAUGGAGAACCUGCCUCUGAACUACUCGCGUAUUUUCCAGUUUCAGAGCUUUGAACGCACUCGCCGCCGUAUCAUGUCUGAGGCUGCUGCUGGGGAAGAGGGGGCCAUGGUGGGCUGGUAUGUCACGCUGCAUGUCGUUGACGUACCCGUGUCUGUGAUGGAGAGCGUCCAGGCAGGCAGACCUCUGGUGUUGGUGUCGCUGCUGCCUCAUGAGCAAAAGAUGUCAGUGAUGCACCUGCUGGUGCACAGACACCCCAGCAACACUGAGCCAAUCAAGUCUAAGGAGGAGCUCGUGUUCCACUGUGGAUUUCGGCGCUUUAGAGCCUCUCCUAUCUUUUCUCAGCACACCUCAGCUGACAAACAUAAGAUGGAGCGUUUCCUGAGAGCAGACGCUCCGACCGUGGUGUCCGUGUUCGCCCCCAUCACCUUCUCCCCUGCAGGAGUCCUCCUCUUUAAGGAAAGAAAUGAUGGUGUGCAGGACCUGGUGGCUACAGGCUGUCUGCUCAGCUGUGACCCUCAGCGUGUCGUUCUCAAGAGGAUUGUCCUGAGCGGACACCCGUUCAAAAUUAACCGUCGCUCAGCUGUUGUCAGAUACAUGUUCUUCAACAGAGAUGACAUCAUGUGGUUCAAACCUGUGGAACUGAGAACCAAGUGGGGGCGAAGAGGUCACAUCAAGGAGGCUUUAGGAACCCACGGACACAUGAAGUGUGUGUUUGAUAACCAGCUGCGCUCUCAGGAUACUGUGCUGAUGAAUUUAUACAAGAGAGUGUAUCCUCGUUGGACGUACGACCCGUAUGUGGCACCGCCUGAGCCGUGGGUAAAAAGAGAAGCUGCUGUGGAAGUGGAAGACCUGGACAUGGACUACUGGAGUCACACACUGACAUGAGUCAUGGAUGUCUUCA